UGUAGUAAAUGUUUGUAAAUAUCAAAAUAUAAUUGGUCUAGUGUCUUUCUCUUCCUAAUCAUUUCUAUAAUAAAGAAGAAAUAACACCAACGUUUAUUACACAAUAUGAUAGAAUAAUUUAAACCAUGUCUGUAAACUUGUUGUUUGUUAAACAAAUCGAUAGUAUUCUUUAUUGUAUAAUAACAUAGUCUUGUUUUUAUAAUAGUAACACUUUAAAACUAACUAGAAUUUUUGUUUGUUUAUGUUUUGAUGUUGAAAUUGUAUGCAAUAGGCCCAUCCAUACUUGUUAUUUUGGACGAAAAUGUCUGAAAUACCUACCUAAAUUGAUUAAAUUCAUGUAUUUUAAAAUUCAUUACAUAGGUGCACAUACUUGUGAUUUAUGAACACCUUUUGUACCCUAUUUCUGGAAAUAAAUUAUAAUUAUUAACAUGCUAAAUAAAAAACUCUUGUACUGUAAUCUUCCUUUUAUUACACUGCUGCACUGCUCUAUAAAGAUAAAUAUUAGCAAUUUAUGCACAAGUACACUGUGUUUCAUGUCGAUUAUUGCUGAGCAAAAUGUGAUAAUCUUGCUCAGCCAUAAUCGACGAACGCACUGGGGCCCGAUUCUCCUAAUUUUACGAUUCAGUCGAGUCGAUUCACAUUCGACUGAGAUUCAAUCCCGACUCAAUUACGAUUGAAGCAUAUGUGGCAUUCCGCUAUUUUUCUUUGAAAUAAACGUUUUUAUCCUUUUCUGUCAUUCAAUAAUGAAUCAUUUUGUCUGCAAAUGAUUUACGAUUGCAAUAUGAUUGUAGAGCAAACUACCGUAUAGACCAAAAUCACCAAAAUAGCAGACCAAUCGCAAACCAAUCGAAUGUCGUUGGAAUACGAUUGGUCUUAUAUUAGUAGCAGAAUGCCCGAUAUGGUUAAAACUGCUACUGCGAUCAUAUUGCGAUUCAAUUUCUAUUCGAUUUUAACAUUAUUAACUUAGGAGAAUCGGGCCCCUGUACUUGUGCAUAAAAUGCAAUAAAAAUGACCUAUAGAAUAUACUGUAGUUUGAAACUCCCGCCCUAGCUUCUACUCUCUAGUUUUCGUGGGCGGAAUAUAGAUGGCGCCGGCCGGUAAGGAAAAAUUUCCUCAUAAAAUUUGUACGGAGUCGUUAUUCUUCCCUUUAGGGUAUAUAUGUUCUGUGGGCCAAAGCCAGCCACUAGCAAGCUAGCAAGCAUUUUCUUGUGUUAUGGGCGGGUUAUUAACAACCUAGAUUUUGUUAUUAUUAUAUGAGGUUUCCCUAUUUACCAUCGUUAAUCAGAACAGUUAAUAUGGCUUCUGCACCGAAAAAGAUCAAGCUCAGUCAGACAAAGUUAACUUCCAAAUCUUCCUCAGAGAACAAAGAAAGCAAUUCAAAUGUGGAAGAGUUUAUGAAGAAGUUACAAGACAAACGCGAAGAUACCGCCAAAUCAAUUUUAGAAUAUAAAUUCAAUAAAAAACGCGUUAGAAUCAUAUCUCUGGAGCAGAUGGUACCUGAUAAGUGCGAGGGGGUCGUGUACUGGAUGUCCCGAGAUAGUCGUGUUCAGGACAACUGGGCCUUCUUAUUCGCUCAGAAACUCGCGUUGAAAAACGAAGUACCGCUGCACGUGUGUUUUUGUUUGAUUGCCAAAUAUUUAGACGCCUCUGUUAGGCAGUUUGAUUUCCUAGUUAAAGGUCUAGAGAAAGUGGCAGCAGACUGCAAGAAGCUCAACAUAUCAUUCCACUUACUGGAGGGAAGUGGUGCUGAGGUGUUGCCUCAAUGGGUUGUCAAACAUAACAUAGGAGCUGUGGUCUGUGACUUCAAUCCAUUGCGAGUGCCUCUCGGCUGGCUGGAUGGUGUUAAGAAGAAGUUGAAGAAAGGUGUUCCACUUAUCCAGGUGGAUGCCCACAACAUUGUGCCCUGCUGGGUAGCUUCAGACAAACAGGAGUACUCAGCAAGAACUAUAAGGAACAAAAUAAACUCCAAACUGGAUGAAUACCUGACAGAGUUCCCACCAGUGAUCAAGCAUCCAUACAGUGCCAAGUUUGAGCCAGAGCCUAUAGACUGGGAUGAAGCAAUAGUGUCCAGGGAAGCUGACAAAAACGUAGGCCCAGUAGAAUGGGCCCGGCCGGGCUAUGACAAUGCUGUUAAAAUGCUCAAGAGCUUCCUCGACCAAAGGCUUAAAGUGUUUGCAACAAAGAGAAAUGACCCCACAAUGAAUGCCCUUAGCAAUCUGUCACCAUGGUUUCAUUUUGGUCAAAUAUCAGUCCAAAGAGUUGCUCUCUGCGUUCAGCAACAGAAAUCUAAAUGCACUGAAUCUGUGAACUCAUUCCUAGAAGAAGCCAUUGUACGUCGUGAGCUUGCAGAUAACUUCUGUUUCUACUGCGAACAUUACGACAGUAUAAAAGGCGCCAGCAAUUGGGCACAGAAAACUCUAGAUGAUCACAGAAAAGACAAAAGAACACACAUCUACACGCUAGAGCAGCUAGCUAACUCAGAGACACAUGACGACCUGUGGAACUCUGCACAGAUACAGCUGGUGAAAGAAGGCAAGAUGCAUGGCUUUCUGCGCAUGUACUGGGCUAAGAAGAUCCUGGAAUGGACGCCCUCGCCUGAGGAUGCGCUCAAGUAUGCGAUAUACUUGAAUGAUCAUUACAGCAUUGAUGGUCGCGAUCCCAGUGGUUAUGUUGGUUGUAUGUGGUCAAUCUGCGGUAUUCACGACCAAGGCUGGGCUGAGCGUGCAGUGUUCGGUAAGAUACGCUACAUGAACUAUGACGGAUGUAAACGCAAGUUCGAUAUCAAAGCAUUCAUUGCCAGAUAUGGCGGUAAAGUACACAAAUAUGUGCCUAAGAAAUGAGUACCUGAUUAU